AUGUCAGCGAGGGACAACAGCGGUGCGCCAGUUGCUGCGGAGAUCAGCAGCCCUCCACCCGUAACGCAGCCACAGUUGUCUCCCACAACGGCUACGGCGGCCUGCGAAAGAGCUGUAGAGAGCGAAGCCGACAGGGGCAGCAGCCGCAGGAACAAUAACAGCUACGAUGAGGUACAUGACGGCAUGAACACCUCGCCGUCGUCGCAGAUAGCGGAACUCAUCCGGGCACACACGCAGCGCCAGGCAGAGCUGCAGGCCGCUGGCCAGCAGGCGUGGGACGAUGUGCGGCGCCACGCCCAGGCCGCGUGUGACGCC